ACUAGUUUAGGGAGCAGCUGCUGCGGUCAAGUCGCCCUGUGCUGCUGCUGCUCAACACUGACUGUCGAUGGAGAACUUCAAACCGUUCCUGGUCGCGUUGUCUGCCGCCGUGACCGUCGGGGUCGUCUCCAUAGUAUUCGUGGCAAGAUGGGUUUCCCACUACAGGGAAGGGUUAGCCUGGGAUGGUGGACCGGCUGAAUUCAACUGGCAUCCGGUCUUGAUCGUCAGCGGAUUUAUUUUCUUGCAGGGAUUCGCCAUCAUUGUGUACAGACUCCCCUGGACCUGGCGGUACAGCAAACUGUCGAUGAAGUUCAUCCAUGCAGGCUUACACCUCCUAGCCUUCAUCUUUGCUGUCAUAUCUAUGGUGGCUGUUUUUGACUUCCACAAUGCUGCCGAAAUCCCCAACAUGUACAGUUUGCACAGCUGGCUGGGCUUGACAGCUUUGAUACUGUUCUGCCUACAGCUUGUUCUUGGAGUUGGCAUGUACUUGAUACCAUUUACACCUGCAUCCUGGAGAGCAGCGUUCAUGCCCCUCCAUGUCUACGCUGGUCUUUUACUCUUUGGCAGUGUAAUAGCUGUAGCACUCAUGGGCAUCACAGAAAAACUCAUUUUUGGCCUGAGCAACCCGAAGUACAAGGACUCUCCCCCAGAGGCAAUUUUCGUGAAUGUUCUGGGAGUCCUCCUCGUGGUUUUUGGAGCUCUUGUCCUCUGGAUUGCCACUCGAACCACUUGGAAACGACCCAGUGAGCAGAUCUUGCAUACUCUGCAUACCAAUGGUAGCGCUGACGAAAACAGCAUAGUCGGCCCAUCCUUGGCUGAGCUAUCUGAUGCAGCUGAUGCUGAGCCCGAUGGGGAUGUCAGGAGGAGGAGUUACAAAUUAGAUGAUCAGUAGAAGUGAUUACAACAUCAAUGACUCCGAGUCAAUACUGCAUCCAGUGUUGAAUGUAUGUACACCCAGCCUACAUUGGUAAGAGGAGGUGCACAUUAAGAAAUCUAUUUAUGCUGAUCAUUCCUAUAAUGUUCUAGUGUGCUCCUUGAAGUAUGUAUUUCAUUUUCUUUGUACUAGUUUUCUAUAACAUUUUGUAAGCACAUAAUGGUGAGAUUCUUUAUAACAAGUUUCACGUGAUGUGUGAAUACUUUCUAUUGACAUACACUUUGGAAUUUUUCUAUACUCUUAAA